AUGCAGAACCCUCAAGCCCGGACUAACUUUCUUGCUGGAACUGAUUAUAAUUUUCUCAAGUACCUGAUCUGUAGAUUUUCAUGAAUUUCCUGACGAGAGAAUUUGAUUACUUUUGGGAGUAAUUAUUCCAUGCUGCCAGAUCAAAAUAUAGGGCAUACCGAGCAGAGACAUAACCGAGCAAGUUUCUUUGCCGUGAGAUCUCAGGCUGGAAGGAGGGUUCCGCCGGCGCCACCACAUCUUCAAGCGGUGACAUCAUCCAGGGAGAGGAAGCUGUUCAGUGGGGCGCUGGAUUCCUCAACGGAGGCCCAGAAGGAGCCAUCUUACAACCUGCUGACGUUGAAUCAGCCGCAGUAAAUCCUCUGUUGGCCACCUGCAACAAUGGGUGCGCACCUCUAAUCCCAUCAUCCCUUGACCUUGCUCAGUCUUUUUUUUUUUUUUUUUUUUUCAAUUUUUUAUCCUCGGGCUGGCGUAGAGGUUUACAUAUCCGGCUUUUCUUCCUGAUGGGCCUCAUCAUGUUGGAUAAUCUCGGAUGAAUCAUUAAUCUUCCAUUGCUCUUAUUUUUUCCCUGUCAGGCACGUUGUAAUCUCACCACUCUACUCUGAUUUGAUUUAUUAGGGAUGAACAUGUUCCUCUGCAUGUUGUUAGUCAUCUGGAGCUGGGAGAUUAACUGAAGCUCCUCUCUCUAUUCCAGUUUUCUAGGUCAGGAUGAUAAGGAUCGCCAUCUGUCCAACGAUGCUGCAGAGGCCCUCGGUUCCCACUUAUCCCCAGGGAGCGUGGUCUGGGCUAAGACCGAUUACCAUGAAUGCUGGCCUGCGGAGGUAUGACUUACAUUAAUUUUAUCUAUUUAUUUUAUUCUGUCCCUUUGAAUAUGUAUAUAUAUUCAUAUCAAGACAGGUUAUGGAUGGAAGGACGAUCCUCGACUGUGGCGAGAACCAAUCUGGAGGAUUAGUUCUGAUACAGCUCUAUGGCAUAUAUGAAUAGUAAGUUAUGGUUGCAUAUUUCAAAGUCCUGAGAGCUCUUUAUGAUUUCCAGAUUUAGUGAUUUUCUCUCAUUUCAGUGCCUGGGUCGAUCCGGUGAGCAGCCUGUCGCAGUUUGAUCAUGUGAGUAUACCGCUCCAGUGUUUAUCUCUGCAAUUCAUAGCUAUGGAAGUCAAGAACUGAGACUUUCUGAAGAGAUUGCUCUACCCGCAUCCAAAAAAAACGAGUUUUUUUGUUUUAUUGGAAAUAUUUUCUGGCACCAGCGAUCGUAGAAAUAGAACUUCCAACGUUGAACAAUGCUAUGAUUUAAAGAACUUUAUUAUUCUCUACGAAUAAUUUUAUCUAUAUAGCAUAGUUUCUUCCAAACCAGUGCUACGAGGAGAGGAGCAAAGAUCCCUCCAGAGCAUUCCAAGACGCUCUGAAUCAGGUAUCCCUCUCCCCCAGCUAUCUCGAUGGUUGACUUUCCAUUUUGAUUAAUUCCUCUCUGCCCCGCUCUCUGCUGCGGAAGGCUCUGCGUCAGAAGGAGACGGCGAGCUCCAGCGAGCAGUCGGAUGAAAACUCGGGUGAUUCCCAUCUCUCCUGUGCUUAAUUCAAUGACCCAUUGGGGUAUGUCGAUGGUUGAGAUCGCCCGCCCUGAACACUAAUCGUCUUCUGCAGAUAAAUGGAAUCCCAAGAGCCGUUUCUGGGCAGAGGAGGACGAAGAACGCCGAGGAAAGGGCAAGAGGGCCCGCAAGCCGAAGCUUCAUUUCGAUGUGAGUCAGCCAGCCUUCUUCUUCGCACUGGGUUUCUGCAUGAUGUUUAAGAAUCAGAGGAGGAUGGUUCAAUUCGGCCCUACUUUUCCUGUAUCAAUCUGUUUUCUUCGGCGAUCUCUGUUCUGAGGUGGUCAUUGGAUGCCUUCACAGGACCUGGAAUUUCCGGAGAACUCGGCCAGGAAGCUGCGGCGGAUGAAGAUCAUGCGCCACCUUGGGCUGGUGGCUCCGGCUGGGUCGCCUUUUAAUCGAGCCCAUGGGAGCCGCCGAGCUUGA